GAGCAGGCUCGCCCCCUCAUGGUAGAACCAACCCUCGCCUCAUGUCUAAAGCAGAGAGAGAGUCAGGCAGCCUCCAACAGAAGAAGCUUCCUUGUUGCAGACACAGCAACUAGGGGAGGCAUGCCUGUUAGGAAUUAGAAAAAACAAGACACCAUCGGAACACCAUCGAAUGAUUACUAUUCGAUGGUGACAAACAUCGGAAGGGCACCGUUGAAUGCCCAAAAUACUACCAUCGAACGAAAACCAUCGAGGGUUAUAAAACAUCGGUUAUCGAUGUCCAGCCUUACCCAGAACUUGAAGUCCCAGCAUCCUUUGCGUCCGGCUUCCCAGUUCGCUCUAUUUGACUUGUGAUUGACUGCUGGUUGCAGAAUGAAUAUACCCAGCAGCCGCAUAAACGCAGCAACUGGCCUUGCACAACUCCCAGUCGUAUAGACCGGAUGUCACGUCACAAACAUACUUACAUAAGAUGAUAUCUUACCCCAAAAUGGAUCUUAGAUGAGAUGCGAUAAGCUGCUUUCACAGACUAGUGUGAGUAAACACCAGAGGAGCCAUCGUCAGCGUGUACACCGAGGGAAACAAGUCACUAAGUGACAAGGUCCUGAUGACGAACAUAAAUGAUGGACCCUAAACAUCGGGAUCUUCUAAGACGACAGCGCCUGGAGCUGUGUUUGCAGGGUCUAGCAGAUGGACUUUUGCCUCAAUAUCUGCUUCAAGAAGGCAUAAUCACAAGUGAUCAUUUGGAGGAAAUCAACUCACAAGUCACCAGUCAGAGAAGAACAAUGAAACUGUUGGAUAUUCUACCCACCCGUGGACCAAAGGCAUUUGAAGUUUUCUUGGACUCAUUAACCGAAUUCCCUUGGGUCCAUGACAGUUUAGUGAAACUCUGCAAGGAGAGCCAUGUAAUACCAGAGGAAAAAACUAUGGAAUUGCCUGUUAAUGUGCAAGAGAGCUGUCCAAGUGAUAAACUGUUGAACCUUCUAGUAGGAAAAUUGGGUUCAGAAUGGGAACAGGUACUGGGAUAUCUCGGACUGGACUAUGUUGAAUUAAAUAAAUGUAAGAUGCAUCAUCCCCACAAUGUGCAUGCACAAGCAAUGGAAGGGUUGGUAACAUGGAAACGGCACAUGGGUCGAAAAGCCACUAUGCAGUGUCUGUGGAAAGCCUUACAAGCCGCUGAGGUGGACCCUUCAAUACUGCAAAACAUUUUACAGUGAUACUGUGGGAUUGGCAUUAAUAAUUUUAGUGGUCUGUAAUUCAGUAACUUUACAGAUCAGUCUAUCUUAAUAGGGAUAACUUCUAUUAUCUCUAAUGCUGUGAGAUUUUUGUGCGUAAGGCAGAGGUUCUCAAAUGCAAUCCUAAAAGCACCCUAACAGUCCAGGAUUUAAGUAUAUCCAUGCUUGGCCACAGGUGACUUAUUAUUAACUUAGUCAAUUUUGAUUUAACCGUCUGUACUGAGCCAUGGAUAUCUUUAAAACCUGGACCAUUCGGGUGCCUUGGGGACUGUGUUUGGGAACCUCUGGAGUAAGGGGUUGUUUCCCUAACUGAGGCCAUUAUAUCUAACACAUAUGAUAUUACAUUUUAAAAUUACCAGUCUUUCCCCACAGCACCGGUGCCAUUUCCUUCCUAAUUGAAUUUUGUAGCAGUGCUCUUUCCUUUUGCAAACAUUGGAAAUUAUUUACUUUUUCUUCUAGUUAUCUGAUUUAUCUGGAUAAUGGAUUCUGUAUAAAUAAUGGGAUUCUAUAGGUCUGUGCCCACCAAGCAUAUGUUUAUUAAAAUAAUAUGGAUGUUUUUCUUUCUUCA